GCCCAAACCUGAGACCUCGGGCUGCGGCUGCGGAGGUGGUGUCGGGCCGGCCAAUGGCGGAGAAGUUUGACCACCUGGAGGAGCACCUGGAGAAGUUCGUGGAGAACAUUCGGCAGCUCGGCAUCAUCGUUAGUGACUUCCAACCCAGCAGCCAGACGGGGCUCAACCAGAAGCUGAAUUUUAUUGUUACUGGCUUACAGGAUAUCGACAAGUGCAGACAGCAGCUUCAUGAUAUCACUGUGCCUUUAGAAGUUUUUGAAUAUAUAGAUCAAGGUCGAAACCCCCAACUCUACACCAAAGAGUGCCUGGAGAGGGCUCUAGCCAAAAAUGAACAAGUUAAAGGCAAGAUUGACACAAUGAAGAAAUUUAAAAGCCUAUUGAUUCAAGAACUUUCUAAAGUGUUUCCAGAAGACAUGGCUAAGUAUCGGAGCAUCCGGGGGGAGGACCAUCCCCCUUCCUAAAUGUGUGAAGACUCCUGUGUCCUUCAUGAAUUGCUGGGACUGAGCCAGCAAGGAGGCUGACCAUCAGUGCCCAUGUGCCUUCCUCCCAUGUGGACUGGUCCUGUGCUCAGCCCCCAUCUCCCUCGUUGGAUAUCAUGGGAUGGCAGGACUGGAGGAGGAGCAGAGCUGUGCCCAGCUGUCACUGCAGCCUCAGACUGGUGCCCCAUAUCCUCAAGGCAAUUCCUGUCAUUCUCUCAAUGGGCAAACGGCAGGAAACAGUCCUGAAAGUAGUAAAUACGAUUGGUAUUCUACCUGAUAGUUUUCUUUUUAUGUACUCUUUCUGUUCCAUUCUAUUACGGUAUCAGAAAGCUUAAAAAUUGGUUUUAUAUUUUACAUUUUCAAGUGUAGUACAUAAAGAUGUGUAGCUGUUUUCAUGGAUUUCAAUUAGAUGUGCUUAUAAUAAAAUCUUUUAAGUAUUGUAUGGCUCAUUCCAUGUUAUUAUUACAACAUUUUU